CAUUCUCUUCACCAUCCAUGUUCGGCGCUACCAAGGACUUUUUGGGAAAACCAGCACCUCCAGGAUAUAUUGCCGGUCUCGGCAGAGGUGCCACUGGAUUCACAACACGUUCUGAUAUCGGGCCUGCUCGUGAGGGGCCCACCGAAGCUGACAUUGCGAAGCUCCAGGAGCAGGCAAGGAGAAAGGCAGCAGAGGACGGAGACGAUGACGACGAGCGCUAUCAAGAUCCUGAUAACGAAGUUGGAUUGUUCAGCUCAGCGCCCUAUGAAGCCGAUGACGAAGAAGCAGACCAGAUCUACGACUCCAUCGAUGCUAAAUUGGACGAGAGGCGAAAGGCACGAAGGGAGGCGCGCGAGAAGGAGGAGCAGGAAAGGUUGAACAAGGAGAGGCCCAAAAUUCAGGACCAGUUCGCGGAUCUGAAGCGAGGGUUGAAUGCGGUCUCUGUCGAGGAAUGGGAGAAUUUACCAGAGGUCGGCAACAUCGCGGGAAAAAAUCGCAAAAAGGCCAAUUUGAGGGAGAAGUUCGCACCUGCGCCGGAUUCCCUGUUGCCGAGAGCGCAGGAGGAGAUGGCUACGACUUUGGAUGCACAGCCCAAUGGUCUGGCCACGCCCGCGCCAGGAAUAAUGACCAAUUUCAGGGAGAUCGGAGAGGCCAACAAGCAGGUCCUCGGAAUGCGACUGGACCGAAUGGCCGAUUCUGCCUCUGGAAAGACGACAAUCGAUCCCAAGGGAUAUUUGACAGGACUCAACAGUGUCGUUGUCAAGAGUGCAGCCGAGAUUGGUGAUUUGAAGAGAGCCCGCGAUCUGCUCAAGUCGGUCAUUAACACUAACCCGAAACAUGCGCCAGGAUGGAUCGCAGCAGCACGUUUGGAAGAGCAUGCAGGAAAGCUGACGGAUGCACGCCAGAUCAUUGACAAGGGCUGUGCAGAAUGUCCAAAGGCAGAGGACAUCUGGCUGGAGGCUGCACGAUUGAAUAACACGGAUAAUGCAAAGAAAAUUCUGGCGAACGCAGUCAAGCAGAUCCCACAGUCUGUCAAGAUCUGGCUUCAUGCUGCACAGCUCGAAACAACACCCAGGGCGAAAAAGACUGUCAUCAGGCGUGCGCUCGACUAUGUACCCAACUCUGUCAAGCUGUGGAAAACUGCUGUGGAAUUAGAGGAUGACCCGAAUAACGCCCGUAUUCUACUCGCACGUGCGGUCGAACUCGUGCCGCUUUCGGUAGAGUUCUGGAUUGCUUUGGCGCGAUUGGAGACUUAUGAAAACGCACAAAAGGUCCUGAAUCAGGCGCGUACCAAGAUCCCAACCUCACACGAGAUCUGGAUCACAGCCUUCUGUCUACAGGAAGCCAACAAUAAGGAUGUGGAAAAACUGGUGGCGAAUGCAAUCAAGAAGCUAUCCAUGAUGGAAUCGGCGCUUGGUCGGGAUCAGUGGUUAGAGGAGGCUGAAAAAUGCGAGAAGAAUGGGUUCAUUAACACCUGUCAGGCAAUUGUACGAGCAACUGUCGGCAUGGGUAUUGAGGAGGCAGAUUUGAAGUCUACAUGGAUGGAGGAUGCCGAGAAUGCUAUUGCACACCAGUCAUACGGCACCGCACGCGCUAUCUAUGCUCAUGCACUGAGGACCUUUCCUUCGAAAAAGUCGAUCUGGCGACGUGCAGCCUUGCUAGAGAAGGCACACGGUACUAGGGAAUCUUUGGAAGAGUUGCUUGUGCGAUCUGUCAAAUAUUGUCCGCAGGCAGAGUUUUUGUGGCUCAUGGGUGCCAAGGAGAAGUGGGUUGGAGGCGAUGUUCCUGGAGCUCGCGCAAUUUUGGAUGCUGCGUUCGAAGCUAACCCGAACAGCGAGCAGAUCUGGCUUGCUGCAGUCAAAUUGGAGGCUGAGAAUGGCGAGUUUGGACGUGCGGAGCUGCUUCUGUCGAAGGCAAGAGUCAAGGCGGAUACUAUGAAGGUCUGGAUGAAAUCUGCGGUCCUGGAACGUCAGCUAGGCAAGAUUUCAGAGGCACUUGAAUUGCUAGAUGUAGGAUUGGUCAAGUAUCCGACUGCUGACAAGCUGUGGAUAAUUCGAGGCCAGAUUUUGGCGGAUCGCGGCGACGUUCAGAAGGCGAGGGAGAACUAUAUCAAGGCCCUGAAGAGCUGUCCCAGGUCGGUUCCAUUGUGGAUCUUGGCAUCGAGGCUGGAGGAAAAAGCAGGACUACUGACCAAGGCGAGAGCUCUGCUGGACAAGGCACGCUUACUGAACCCCAAGACGCCCGAGUUGUGGCUGGAGUCAGUAAGGAUUGAGUUGCGAGGAAACAACGCCAACUUUGGUAGGUCACAGAUGGCCAAAGCACUGCAGGAGUGUCCGUCGUCAGGACUGCUGUGGUCGGAGUCUGUUUGGCUUGAGACGAGAGCGCAGCGCAAGGGCAAGAUUGUCGAUGCUCUAAAGAAAUCUGAAAACUCAGCUCAUGUCCUUAUCACGGCGGCGCGUUUGUUCUGGUCAGAUCGACAGGUGGAGAAGGCACGGUCCUGGUUAUUGAGGGCAGAAAAGGCAGACUCGGACCUGGGCGAUGCGUGGGCCUGGCAUUACAAGUUCGAGAUGGAGCACGGCGACGAGACGAGGAAGCAGGAGCUGGUGAUGCGGUGCAAAGCAGCGGAGCCCAGGCAUGGCGAGUACUGGCAGGCGGUGGCGAAGGAUCUGAAGAAUGCAGGGAAACCCUUGGAGGAGAUUCUUGUACUUACAGCGGCAUCAUUGCCGCCAAACACGGUGGCAUAGUAAGAAAGCGUCGCUUUUCAUAUACAAGUCCCGCAUGUUAGAUGGAUCUUACAAAUACAUACCUUGAUAUAUACAAUACAGCAUACACGGAAGCUGUACAGUGCCACCAAAUGUACUGCUAGAAUAUUGGCUUGCUGUAAUCCAUUUGAGUGGCAAUCGCGAGGAAGAGGGACGAGGGA